AUUAGCUAACCGGAUGUUACGUAAAACUACAAACAACCCAAGGCUGCUGAAUUGUCUGGGGCAAAGCAGCAUUUUCUUAAAUAACCAUAACUGGAAAACGAUAAUAAAUCACUACUGGAAACUUAUCAGGCUAUAGAAGAAAACUGGGACGGCUGAAGAGCUAGGUUGGAAAAAGUUUAUACAAAACCAUGGUGGAAUAUUAUCACAUUUUAGGAGUCCUAAGAAAUGCAUCUCAAGAAGACAUAAAAAAAGCGUACAGAAAAUUGGCACUAAAAUGGCAUCCUGACAAAAACCCAGAAAAUAAGGAAGAGGCAGAGAAAAAGUUCAAAGAACUUUCUGAGGCCUAUGAGGUUCUGUCAGAUGCCAACAAGAGGAACAUGUAUGAUCGCUAUGGUAAAGCAGGCCUAACAACAAACAGUGGAGGAGGUGUUGGACAUUACCACAAUGGUGAUCACUUCAACGAAGGGUUCACGUUCCGCAAUCCUGAAGAUGUCUUCAGAGAGUUCUUUGGCGGUCGAGAUCCUUUUGCAGAUUUCUUUGGAGGGGAUCCGUUUGGGGAUGAGUUCUUCGGUGCAGGGAGGAGGCACCACAGGGGAGUGAGCAGGAGUCGAACUGGGGGACCCUUCUUCGGAGGAUUUGGUGGCUUCCCACCGUUUGGUGCAGGCUUCACAGCGUUUGACCCAGGCUUUACCUCUUUCGGACACAUGGGUCACAUGGGUCAUAUGGGUCCUAUGGGCCAUAUGAGUCACAUGGGUCAUCUGGGAGGAGGAGGAGGAGGAGGAGGCCAUGGUGGCUUCACUGCCUUCUCCUCCACCUCCUUUGGCGGCGGGGGUGGAGGUGGAGGAGGCGGGAUGGGCAACUUCCGCUCUGUAUCAACCUCCACCAAAUUCAUCAACGGCAGGAAAAUCACAACAAAAAGAAUUGUGGAGAAUGGACAGGAACGCGUAGAGGUGGAAGAAGACGGACAGUUAAGAUCACUAACCGUCAAUGGGGCAAAGCCUAUUGCCACAGUUCAAGCAGUCCAACAGGAGGAGUGCAGACAAACUGUUACUGCACACUCCUCCAGUGCACAUGCCUCCCGGUCCCCUGUUCCCCGUCCUCCUUAUCAUCAUGUAAAGACUUCCUCCCACAGGCCCACUCCAGACAGAGAGGAGGGAAGGAGCCCAGCUUCAGUACACAGUGAAAACAAGAGGAAGAAACCCAUGCCUGAGCCCACAGAGGAUGCCAAAAAGAGAAAAACAUGAUCCAGUACACACAGAUCCUUGUCCUCCUAGUCAGCUACGGAAACAAUAUGUUAUUGAUACACCCUUAACAAUGAAUAUUGUUUUAAAGGACACUUAAAUAUGGGGUCCUCAAAGCGCUUUAGCAAGAAUGCACAGAUACUGUAAAUGUAUAAUCCUGACUAGUUUUCUAUUAUACACUGCUCAAAAAAAUAAAGGGAACACUUAAACAACACAAUAUAACUCCAAGUCAAUC